CGGGCGGGAUCGGGCGACCUCUCAAGGUGAAUUUGCUUCAGAUAUGCCGAACACCCGCUUCGCUCUCCUUAUAUAUCUCUGUCUCCUCUGAAAAAUCUCCGUCAAUCUUCCUUCGAUAGGUAUCGUGAACAUGGCUACCACCCUGUCCAACGCCUUCUCGGCGCAAUCGUCGUCAACUGCCGUCAUUGUCCCCGGCAAGCCGGCCUUGACCGUUUCCUUCCAGCAACUGUCCGCCGAAGUCGCCUCUUUCCAGAAGAAGCUCGCCGCCCUGGGCAUCACCGCCGAGUCGGCCGUCUCCAUUGCCAUCCCCAACAGCUACGAGUUCAUCGUCGCCUUCCUCGCCGCAUCCUGGCAGCGGGGUAUCGCCGCCCCGCUCAACCCCGCCUACAAGCAGGACGAGUUCGAGUUCUACAUCGAUGACCUGAGCUCCGCCGUCGCCCUGGUCCCCAAGGGCCAGUUUGCCCAGAACUCGCCCGCCGUGCGCGCCGCCAGAAAGUACAAGGCCGCCAUCGCCGAGUGCUACUGGAACGGCCGCGAGGUGGUGCUGGACGUCAAGGACAAGGGCAAGCUCGCCAGCAAGGGAGGCCAGCCCGUUCAGCAGGCCCAACCCGAGGAUGUCGCUCUGGUGCUGCACACCAGCGGCACGACGGGCCGCCCCAAGGCCGUCCCCUUGACCCACCGCAACCUGACGCGCACCAUGAAGAACGUCAAGGAGACGUACGAGCUGACGCCCGAGGACCGCACCAUGCUCGUCAUGCCGCUGUUCCACGUCCACGGCCUGUUGGCCGGCUUCCUGGCGCCGCUGCACUCGGGUGGCUCUGUUGUUGUGCCGCCGCGCUUCUCCGCCUCGGAGUUCUGGGCCAAUUUCAUCGAGCACAAGGCCAACUGGUACACGGCCGUACCCACGAUCCACCAGAUCCUGCUCAAGAACCCGCCGCCCAGCCCCAAGCCCAACAUCCGCUUCAUCCGCUCCUGCUCCUCGCCCCUGUCGCCCAAGGUCUUCCAUGACCUGGAGAAGGCGUUUGAUGCGCCCGUCCUCGAGGCCUACGCCAUGACCGAGGCCUCCCACCAGAUGACGUCGAACCAGCUGCCGCACCGGGGCUCGCGCAAGCCUGGGUCUGUCGGUGUCGGCCAGGGCGUCGAGGUCCGGAUCCUGGACCAGGAGGGCAAGGAAGUGGCGCAGGGCAAGGAGGCGGAGAUCUGCAUCCGCGGCGAGAACGUGACCAAGGGCUACCUGAACAACCCCGAGGCCAACAAGUCGUCGUUCACCAAGGACGGCUUCUUCCGCACGGGCGACCAGGGCAAGCAGGACGAGGAGGGCUAUGUCAUCAUCACGGGGCGCAUCAAGGAGCUCAUCAACAAGGGUGGCGAGAAGAUCAGCCCGAUCGAGCUGGACAACGUGCUGGCGCAGCACCCGGCAGUGGGCGAGGCGGUCAGCUUUGCCAUUGCCGACGAGAUGUAUGGGCAGGACGUGGGCGUAGCGGUGGUGCUCAAGGAGGAGCAGAAGCUGACGGCUGAUGAGCUGCGCAAGUGGCUGGCGGAGCGCGUGGCCAAGUUCAAGCUGCCCAAGAAGGUCUUCUUCACGGACCACAUGCCCAAGACGGCGACGGGUAAGAUUCAGCGGCGCAUGGUGGCGGACGCAAUGCUGAAGACGGAGAAGCCCAAGGCGAAGCUGUGAGGGAUGAAGAUUGUUAAUUGUAUUCUGUGUCUGUAGUGUACUGUAGUGUUUGAUAGCAAUAUCCGUGCUGUGAUUUGGUGGUUUGGUGGCGGAGAAAAGCGGAGCGGGCAACGCGCACGCUGAAACAAUGGACUGAGCGUCGCCUGAUUAGAUUGCUAUCGAUAACUGCUGCACCUGGAAGUACAAAAGUACCGCGUCACAACAAACCGUCUCCCCCAC